AUUGGUCCGUCUCUCACAGCCUGCGCAGCCCACCAAUGGCAGCGGCGGUGGGUUGGGGGGUGCCCACAUCCAAGAUGGCGCCCCCGGGAGCUGGGAGCGGGUGACCGGCAGCGGGGAAGCGGCCUGAGCUGGCCCUGCGAUUGCGGGGUCCUGGGGGCAUUUCGCUGGGUAACCCCCUGGCCCGCCUACAAGGCCUUCUCCGGGCCGGAGCAAUGGCCGCCGAGAAUAGCAAGCAGUUUUGGAAGAGGAGCGCCAAGCUGCCGGGGAGCAUCCAGCCCGUGUAUGGAGCACAGCACCCUCCUCUGGACCCUCGGCUCACCAAAAACUUCAUUAAAGAACGGUCAAAAGUCAGCACGGUUCCUCUGAAAAAUAAGAAGGCCUCCAGUUUUCACGAGUUUGCCCGGAACACCAGUGAUGCUUGGGACAUUGGUGAUGAUGAGGAAGAGGACUUUUCGUCCCCUGCUUUCCAAACUCUGAACUCAAAAGUUGCUUUGGCGACCGCUGCCCAAGUGCUGGAAAACCACAGCAAGCUGAGGGUGAAACCAGAACGGUCCCAGUCAACGACAUCCGAUGUACCUGCCAGCUACAAGGUCAUAAAGUCCAGCAGCGAUGCCCAGCUGUCCAGAAAUUCCAGUGACUCAUGCCUGAGGAACCCGCUCCACAAACAGCAGUCACUCCCUCUCCGACCCGUCAUCCCGCUCGUCGCCCGCAUCUCAGACCAGAACGCUUCUGGGGCGCCCCCGAUGACCGUCCGGGAGAAAACACGCCUGGAAAAGUUCCGUCAGCUUCUCUCCAGCCACAACACCGACCUGGAUGAACUGAGGAAGUGUAGCUGGCCGGGGGUUCCCAGGGAGGUUCGGCCUGUAACCUGGAGACUCCUGUCGGGUUAUCUCCCAGCAAACACUGAGAGGAGGAAGUUGACCUUGCAGCGGAAGCGGGAAGAGUAUUUUGGCUUCAUUGAGCAGUAUUAUGACUCCCGAAAUGAGGAACAUCACCAGGAUACCUACAGACAGAUUCACAUUGACAUUCCAAGGACGAAUCCUCUCAUUCCAUUGUUCCAGCAGCCACUUGUGCAGGAGAUCUUCGAAAGAAUUCUAUUUAUUUGGGCCAUCCGACACCCCGCCAGUGGGUAUGUCCAGGGAAUUAAUGACCUGGUCACUCCGUUCUUUGUCGUCUUCCUCUCAGAAUAUGUGGAAGAGGAUGUGGAGAACUUUGACGUGACCAAUUUGUCUCAGGACAUGCUGCGAAGCAUAGAAGCCGACAGCUUUUGGUGCAUGAGCAAACUGCUGGACGGGAUCCAGGAUAACUACACCUUUGCACAACCAGGGAUCCAGAAGAAGGUCAAGGCGCUGGAAGAGCUUGUCAGUCGGAUUGAUGAGCAGGUACAUAAUCACUUCAGGAGGUACGAGGUGGAAUACCUACAGUUUGCCUUCCGUUGGAUGAACAACCUGCUGAUGCGGGAGCUUCCCCUCCGCUGCACCAUCCGCCUGUGGGACACGUACCAGUCUGAACCAGAAGGGUUCUCCCACUUUCAUCUCUACGUGUGUGCAGCUUUCUUGAUCAAGUGGAGGAAAGAGAUCCUGGAUGAGGAGGACUUUCAGGGUCUCCUCAUGCUGCUGCAGAACCUACCUACAAUACACUGGGGCAACGAAGAGAUUGGGCUGCUCCUCGCCGAGGCCUACAGACUCAAGUACAUGUUCGCCGAUGCCCCCAAUCACUACCGCCGAUAGGUGCUGUCUCCCCAGGGGGACCCAGACUGCCCCACCUCUGACGGCAAUCUGAUCACUGUGGCCACUGUGCGAGCCGUGGACUCUGGCCAGGAGCUCCUCCUGCUGUAAAAAGCUCACACCCGCCGCCCAGGUCUUAACUUUCUGGCGUGCCUGUCCACCACGCCCUGUCUCCGGACGGGUCUCCUGGACCGCUAUCAGUAUUCCAUGACACGUGGAUGGGCUCAGCUCUGGGAGAGGACAGAAAAGGAGGUACAGGGUUGUCUGCCCCUUUAAGAGAAACCGGAGAGAAGAAGGGGAAGGCUCAGGGUCUCAACUCACAUUGCCCUACGUGGACUGGCUGUCUCUUGCCUCCCAGCCCCAGCUGACACCGUUGCUUUUUUGUGACAUAGUUUGAUUUGAUCAUAGGUCAAAAAUGCCUUAUGUUUUCAAAAGACUCCUGUCCCCUCCCCUCUACCCGCAACUCCUAGCCCUUCCCCUUCUGCCCAAGUCUAAGCCAGUGAGGGGCAGCUUCCUAGGAGCUUUGUUCUCAGUCGGAGGAGGCACUGAUGCUUAUAACUCUGGGGAGAGACCUACAGCCAAGGGCUCGGAAUUUUAUUUUUCCUUUUCUCACACAGAUGUCUGUACGUGUGCCUGCAUCUGUGUGUGUAUGUGGGUGUACACACCCAUCAACUUUUAGUUACACGUCCGAAUGUCCGUAUGUGUCCUGACCAGCCCCGUCAAACAGCCAGCUGGGAAGGGCCCCAGUGACCAAGUAUACACGCAUCCCUUGAGAAGGAUCAGGUCAGGGGAGGGAGAAGGGGCUUAUUACCUCUCCGAAACCCCCCCCUUUUUCCGUGAUGACCCACUCCAAGAUAUUAUUAUGUGUAAAUUGUGUUAUUAUGUAUAUGGGUAAAGAUGUAUAAAUAUAUGUCUUCUUUGUAGCAGAUAUGAUUUUUAUAUUUAUAACGUGCAUCAACAUGUGAAAGCAAUCUAGGUCACUAGCACAGAGGAAGUUGCCAGGCAGGUGACUUCAGCGCCUCCAGGUUGGUUCCUGGGCGCCCAUCCUGUGAGGGAAGUGAGGGGGCGUCGGCCGCAGUGAGCACAGCCAACAGAUGGAGCUGCUCUGAUGAUGGCGGGAGCCCUCCCCAGCAUCAGUGUCUCCGAGUUUUUCCUGUCUUCCUCCUCCCCUCCCCAGCCCCAGGCCUCCAGACGCAUUUGCCCUGUUCCUUCCCCAUCUUCGGCAGUCAGAGCUCCCCUCCCUUCACCCCAGCUGCUCCCCCCGCCCCCAGGGACAGGACUGCAGAGGCAGAAGCCCCUCUGCACGUUUCUAGCCCCCUGCCUUUCCCCUGGAAUUGGGGGAGGGCUUUGGUUUCCACGUUUUUGUUUCUUUUUUUUACAAGUCAGCAUUGUAUUCAAGAUAAGCUGUGACUGACUGUCAGUGCCAAGGGAGAGGGUUUCGUGUGUUCCUGGGGCCUGGGGCUCUUCCAAGAGAGAGGCAUCUGGUGUCCCCCCCACUGUCACCAUCACACCCCACGCAGCUCACGAGAUGGGUGACCUGUGUUGGAUGCUGGUGGGGGGGGAGGUGGCAGGCAGCCGGCACCCUCUGGGGAAGUUGGGCGGUGCCCCCUGUGGGCGAGGCCCUGAGUCUCCCAGUGGCGCCCAUGGCGCUGGCAUGUUCCAUUUCUCACCGGGAGCUGUUUCUCAGGCAUUCUUUCCGGCCCUCUCCUUCUCCCCGUCCGUGUGCCUCAAUAGCCUCCUUCACAGAGUGAGAGGGCUGUGGUCCUCCCUCGACUGGACUAAUUAAAGAAAGACACUUGUGUUCCCAAGUGGUGGUUUUAUUUUUUUAGUUUUUAUGUUUGUAUGGGAAAUUGUGGAUAAAGUGAAAGAACUGUAAAUAAAUAGUGUAUUUCCUCCUCCA